AUGGGAUCUCGAAAGCAGCUGAAGUCGACUCCCCCGACCCCAGAUCUGAGCAACACAACAUCCAAUUCGGAUCCGAAUCGGUCCGCUCAACAUAACGACUCUACGUCGCCCAAGCGAGCCGGUAAACCGGCUUGGACGACGAAGACUUGGCCGCAUGGCCGGAAAGCCGCUGCUGUGACCGAAGUCGCCCGAGAGAGCAUUUCUGCAGCUGGAAGCAUAGCCUCGGAGUUGGUUACUUCAACGACUUCUCUUCCCAAAAUCCGAAGCCCUAGUCGACCAGGCUCGAUUCAGUUAAUUAAAAAGACUGGCGGCUCGAGUCGCUCUCUUCCGGCAGAUGCUACAACGACGCUCAUCAAUAUUGAUUCGAAUGGAUCUGCGUCGGAUUCACCCGUGAACAAGGGCAUAUUUCAACCCUUAGUUAAGGAAAGUGAAGAUAUUGGCAAAUCGACACCGGACCAAGAAUCUAUACAGAAGAAGGACUCCACCACUGAACCCGUCACUGAAAAUACCCAGGCAACGCCUAGCCCUGAAAAGGAACCUGAGUCUAAUGAAAGGCCUACAUCUACCUGGUUUGGGUGGCUUGGCUUAGGUAGGACGUUGGCAGAUAAGCCAAGCCCUGAAGAAGUCAAUAUGGGGAAUUCUCCUGAUACAGUUCAGCCGACGCCAACCGCGGCAGAGGAGUUUCGGAGAGAUGCCCAGUCGUCGAAAGCUGAUCAAGCCGCAAAUGAGGCAGACAAAGCUCGUCAAAGUGAAGACUCUCAAAAUGUUGAUCAGCAAAAGCAUAAUGACACGAGUGUCCCAGUGCCACAGAAACGUUCAUGGUUGCAGAUGUGGGGAACGACUAAUGUUAGUCAGACGAAAGAAGAUCAUCGGGAAGCGGCCUCAGUGAAAGAGCCUCGCAUUGAACAAGGCGAGCCCAUGGAGCAAGACGCAGACAGUACUGAUAAUAAUCAGAACUCCCAGACCGACAAGACCCAAGACAAGGACUCGCAAAAACGAACGUCAGGCUCCGGCAGAUCAAGCGGAUGGGCUUUCUGGUCAAGAGAUAUCUCAAAUACAGAUCAGAAACAAGGCUCUGAACGUCAGCCAGAGACUGGUGAGCUGGCAGUUUCAGGGCAGCCAAAAGUGCAAUCCAAUUCGGAGGAUGUAGUUGCACGGGUUGACAACGGCCCGAAUACGACGUCAACAAGCAAAUCACAGCAGAAAUCACAAAAGAAAUCUAGCAAAUCAGUGGAUCUCAAAAAUGCCAAGUCCGUCGAAAUAGUCCAAGAGACUACAAACUCAACAACAACAACGGCAACUGCCCAAGCCUCUGCUGCACAAUUACCGGCAAAGGCGCAAACAUCGGAAGUCACUGCUUCAACAAAGCUCGAAAGUGUUCUUACGAACCAACUGCUCCCUUCCUUCAAAGAUACAUUUGCUUUGCAAGAGUCGCCAUCGUGGCUACAAACUUUGGGUCGCAUGAUAUACCAUCCGAAAGAUUCGGGAAAUCGACAUGUCUAUGCACUUCGGGAUCCGCCUCGUCCUAAAAAGGCUCUGGCCAUCGGGGUCCAUGGCUACUUCCCUGCCCCAUACUUGCGUACAGUGCUUGGACAGCCUACCGGGACAUCCCUCAAAUUCUCAACUAUGGCAGCAAAAGCAAUCCAUCAAUGGGCGGAACAUCAUGGAUACCAGUGCGACAUCGAAAAGAUCGCUCUUGAGGGAGAAGGCCGCAUUGCUGAAAGAGUCGAUCUACUCUGGAAACUUUUGUUGAGAUGGAUAGAAGAAAUCCGAGAGGCUGAGUUCAUAAUGUUUGCGUGCCAUAGCCAAGGUGUUCCGGUCACAAUUAUGCUUGUUGCAAAGUUGAUCGCUUUUGGAUGUCUGGACACAACUCGUGUUGGAAUAUGCGCCAUGGCUGGUGUGAAUUUAGGUCCAUUCCCGGACUAUAAAUCUAGAUUUAUUGGCGGUUCUGCAGGAGAACUGUUUGACUUUGCACAUCCAACGACAAAAGUUUCGAGAGAUUACGAAGCAGCCCUCAAAACGGCAUUGGCGUUUGGUGUGCGUAUCUCUUAUAUCGGCAGCAUAGACGACCAGCUGGUUUCCCUAGAGUCAUCUCUAUUUGUCCCGGUAUCUCAUCCAUAUAUCUACCGAGCUGUAUUUGUAGACGGAAGAGUCCACGCGCCGAGCUUUCUCUCUCAUCUAGUAGGCUUCACAUUAAAACUGCGAAACCUAGGCAUCCAUGACCACGGCCUCAUCCGAGAACUAAGCGCUCCCCUCGUUGGCAGUCUCGUCGGUGGCGAGGGUCAUUCCCGCCUUCACGACGAAGAGAAUAUAUACUAGUACGCCAACUUAUCUCCUCCCAGUCAAAAUGUGCCAAAGCUAACAUACAAAACCCUCAGUACGGCCGUCCAAUUCGCCCUAGAGACAUCUACCAUCAAUUCACCACCCCCCUUGCACAUCCAACGACACAAUCUCACAGCGACGCCAAACCCUUACAUCCUCCCGUUCGCACUACGCGGUCUUCUCGAAGAGGACUAUGUACGCCACGAACUACACGAAGAAAGCCUUGAAUUGCUCAAACAAUUCGACGAGUGGAAACCAGCGACUAAAGUCCUUAGAGAUGUCAAGUUUCGGUUAGAAGGUAUUCGAUCAAAACUUUGAGAUUUGUUGCUUGUAUCUAGAUCUUUUUCCCCCUCUAUUAUUUGUGGUUAGAAUAUGGGCCACCUAUUCUGAGUUUAUUAUCUUAUUAUAUCUAUCCGCA